CCUAAACAGAAAUGGAAGGGGACACUCAUCCCCUGUCAUUUUAGCCAACGGAAGUGGUCCAGUGUCGUAAUGCUUCCAGCCAAAGCCAGCUAUCAGCCUCAACCCGCAUCUCGGCUCUAUUCGCGAUCUUCUCACUCAUGACGACAAUACUUUCCUCACCUCUCGUCCUAUGACGUUCACACUCGCGAUUUAAUCUAGUCGAAAACCCUCAUUCUAUUGCUCCGCCUGACGAUAGCUUCAGUCCCUAAUUUGCGUCCGCCAUGUGGCGAGACCGCACGAACCUAUACAUCUCCUACCGGCAGUCUUACGCGCAUCACCCUACACAGCGAAGACCAUAUGGACCGGGCGCCCUUGCUUCUGGUCCGCUUGCCGACACCUAUACCAGCAGCUAUGCAAACGAUGACCGCCGCGGCCUUCUGUCGGCUGGCGCAUUCGAAGACGAUGGCGAUGCCGUGAUUGAGAUGGACUUACUGCCCCCUCGAUGGGCUGAUGUUUCGGAUGAGAUCACAGACUUGCUCGCCAAUAUCGCGACAAAGGGCCAGAGCUUGGAGAAGCUACAUCAAAAGCAUGUGCUACCUGGGUUCAAUGAUGAAGACGCUAAAAGGGCUGAGGAAACGCAAAUAGAGAAACUUACACAAGAGAUCACCAAGGGUUUUCAUGACUGCCAUCGCUGCAUUCAACGAAUCGAACAAAUGGUGCGGGAAUCACAGCACGCAGGUACGAUCACAAGGGCAGAGGAGACCAUGGCCAAGAACAUACAAAUUUCGCUGGCUGCUCGAGUUCAAGAUGCAAGCGCUAGCUUCAGAAAGAAGCAAAGUGCUUAUCUAAAAAAGCUUCGUGGCAUGGGUGGCUUCGGCGGUUUGAGUCCUGGCGAGAGAUCUAGUACACCCCAGCCAGGUUCCUAUCUCGACCCGUCUCUUCAAGAAUCUGAUGCAGAUCGAUCCUUUUCACAAUCGACACUCCAAGCAACUCAACAGCAAAGAGUACUCCAUUCUAAUGAUGCUGCCAUUGCUCAACGCGAACGAGAGAUUGAGGAUAUUGCCCAAGGCAUUAUCGAACUGUCGGAUCUCUUUCGAGAUCUCCAGAACAUGGUCAUCGACCAGGGCACAAUGCUGGAUCGUAUCGACUACAAUGUUGAGCGCAUGAACACUGAUGUCAAAGCCGCUGACAAGGAGCUAGUUGUAGCUUCUGGCUACCAGCGGAGGACGACCAAGCGCAAGAUCAUUCUCCUCCUCAUUCUUAUCAUCUUUGGCAUGAUCAUUCUGUUGGUGAUCAAACCCAAGAAGCAUGGGUAG